UCAAAAUAGCAUUGAAAAUGAUUUAUAUCACAUAGAAUUUAGGAUGGAUAGUGUGCACACUGGAAUGCAGGCUCAGAUUCGUAACAAUACAACGUCAACGAAGCCUAGUUUGCUUAAAUCACGUGACUUGAGGAGUACGAUACAAGCUCCCAAUCCAGUAGUGAUGCGUAAAAAAAUAUUGACGAUUCAUAACCAUUUCGAAGCUUUCGACAGAAGAAACACUGCCUUCAGGUAACAUCUGAACGGCUUAGAGUUUUUAUUUCAUAAUGACUGGAUAAGACUGUCAGUUGGACUGAAACGCAUGUUAAUUCAGCAGCUCGGUUGUGACUCGGCCGUGCUGCUGAUGAAGCGGACGUGCUCGUUGCCACGGAAACGGGAUGCGGGUUUGAGACUGAGGGCGUCGGUAUGAAAGCAUCUCCAGCGGCGCGCGGAUGUGGCGACAUCCUACUAACCUACAUUUCAACCUGAAAGAGGCUAUGGCGGACGACGGAAGAUUUCCCCAUUGACAUAUGAUGAUCUACUGCGACGAAACGAAACGAAACAUAAACGUCCAAUAUGAAGAGUAUGGAGCAGGAAUUGCAGUGUCCUGUGUGCAAGGACAUUGUGAAGCAGCCCAUUGUACUCCCCUGCCUGCACAGCGUGUGUCUCAUGUGUGCCUCCGAGGUGUUAGUUCAGAGCGGGUAUCCCCAGCCCGAGCUCCCCCCGGAGCCCAACUCACCCGCUUCCACCCCCAACACACGGUCCCCACGGCAGAUACGCAGACCCAUGCCUAAGUCUGACCGCGUGGACCGCCUGUUGCGCUCAGGUUCUGGGACGUACCCAGGCCGCAGGCGAAAGGAAGGCCCUUCACCUCUCAUGCUGUUUCCUUGCGCCCCCUGUGGACGAGAUGUAGAACUAGGAGAGAGAGGACUGGCUGAGUGCAUGAGGAACCUUACACUGGAGAGAAUUGUAGAAAGGUAUAGGCACACAGUGAGUUUGGGCAGUGUGGCUGUGAUGUGUGAGUUCUGUAAACCCCCACAGGCCCUGGAGGCCACUAAAGGCUGUGCUGACUGCAGAGCCAGCUUCUGUAAAGAGUGCUUCAAACUCUACCACCCCUGGGGCACUCCACGUGCCCAGCAUGAACAUGUUCAGCCCACCCUCAACUUCAGGCCAAAGGUGUUGACAUGCCCAGAACAUGAUCAGGAGAGGAUGCAGUUUUACUGUAAGUCUUGUCAGAUGCUUCUUUGUUCACUCUGUAAACUGCGUCGAAUCCAUGCGGGUCACAAGAUUGCACCCGUUACCCAAGCCUACCAGACUCUUAAGGACAAGAUCACCAAGGAGCUGAACUACAUCCUGGCCAAUCAGGACAUGGUGUUGACUCAGAUCACACAACUGGAAAAUGCCAUCACUCAGACUGCGGUGAACAGCGUAUCAGCCAAAGAGCAGCUCUCUCACUGCGUGAAGGAGAUGAUGGCAUUGCUGACUGAGCGGCAGACAAUGCUGGCCCAGGCUCUGGAAAGCUCUCGGCAGAGAAGGGCAGAGGCUUUGGCCAAUCAGGUGGCUGAAAAACGGAGCCUGCUGGAGCACGCCAGUUUGAUGGCUUUCACUCAAGAGCUGCUCAAAGAAAAUGACCCAUCGAGCUUUGUGCACGCAGCCAGAAUAACACACAAAAGAUUGGCCCAGUCUAUUGAAUCUAUGCAGCGUUUCUCUCUCUCUGCUGAUCCUUCGUUCCGACACUUCCAGCUUGAUGUUUCCAGAGAGCUCAAACUCCUCACAGACUUGAACUUCAUUCAGGCCCCUCUCGCUCCUGUGAUUGACACCCAGCGAACCCUCGCCUAUGACCAGCUCUUCUUGAGCUGGCGCUUGCCUCAAGACUCCACUCCUGCCUGGCAUUACUCUGUGGAAUUUCGGAGGCGGGGGGUGGAGCCAGGGGGCGGGGCAAGAGGGGGGAUUCGCGGGGGAUUGGCUGCUGCUCGCUGGGGCUGGCAGAGAUUGGAGGAGGUGACUGGGACCUGUGCGGUGAUUGACAGGCUGGAGAUGGACAGUGUGUAUGUGCUGAGGGUGAGAGGCUGCAACAAGGCCGGCUUCGGCGAAUACAGUGAGGAAGUAUAUUUACACACACCACCAGCUCCAGUGUUGAAUUUUUACCUGGACUCUCGUUGGGGUCUGCACGCGGACAGACUGGUGGUGAGUAAGGAGCAGAGGUGUGCUCGCAGUGUGCCUGGUCUGUCCCUGCUUCAGGCCGCCGAUCGUGCCCUCACUUCCUGUCACCUGACAGCUGAUCUGCUUGUGGGUGAUGUGGCCAUAACGCAGGGCCGACACUAUUGGGCAUGCUCAGUGGAGCCCGGCUCAUAUCUGGUUAAGGUUGGAGUGGGCCUGGAGUCCAAACUUCAGGAGUGGUUUCAUCUGCCUCAAGAUAUGGCUAGUCCAAGAUAUGAUCCAGACAGUGGCCAUGACAGUGGAGCCGAGGAUUCGUCGGAUUCUCCUCCCCCUUUCUCUUUCCUCACAAUGGGCAUGGGCAAGAUCUACCUGCCCUCCUCAACCAACUCCCAUCACAACGCCAAUUACAGAAAGUCUGGCUUCACUAAUGGCAACGGGCCUUCAUCGCCAACUGGUGUCACCUAUCCACUGCCUCCGAGACUAGGAGUGUGUCUCGACUUUGAGAAGGGGCGUGUCACAUUUUACGAUGCCCACUCUCUCCGCCCACUAUGGGAGGGGUCUGUAGACUGCUCCGCCCCUGUGUGCCCUGCUUUCUGUUUCAUUGGAGGCGGGGCUCUGCAGCUACAGGAGCUGGUAGCCAAUCGUAAUGCAAAUCAAACCCCUGUAAGACGAGUCACUAUUCAAUCACGUGUUACCAAACUGAACUGAACUCUGAUUUAUUAUCAUUUUUAUAAUUCGAUUUUAGAGACUUUUUAGAGUUUUUAAUUGCACCCAAUAUCAAUCUCUGCUUAUUUUUCUUUUUGUUUUGAGAGGCCUUUAUUGCUGCACUGCUUGCUGAAUUACUGAUGAAUUAUUAAUUUGCUGAUGCCACCUAUAUAGCCUAGAAAACUAUUUAAAUUGCAUAUUCACC